ACGGCGGGCGCUGCCGGCUGCUGGCGCCCCGAUCCCGCCUUGCCCGCCGCGGGCCAUGCUCCGGGCUGCGGCCGCGGCGCGCAUCCAGGCUUGGAGAUGAGGAGCGGCGCCGAGCGCAGGGGCAGCAGCGCCGCGGCGUCCCCCGGCUCGCCGCCCCCGGCCGCGCGCGCCCCGCCGGCCCCGAUGCACCCCCGGCCCUGCCGCCCGCCGCCAGCCAGCCCCGAGCCCGGGACGCGGGCGAUGCCCGUGCGCAACCGCGCCCCCUGUUUCCGUGGAGCAAGUGGAAGAAAAGGAUGUCCAUGUCGUCCAUAUCGGCGGCUACCGCGCGGAGGCCCGUGUUUGACGACAAGGAGGACGUGAACUUCGACCACUUCCAGAUCCUGCGGGCCAUCGGGAAGGGCAGCUUUGGCAAGGUGUGCAUCGUGCAGAAGCGGGACACAGAGAAGAUGUAUGCCAUGAAAUACAUGAACAAGCAGCAGUGCAUCGAGCGUGACGAGGUCCGCAAUGUAUUCCGGGAGCUGGAGAUCCUGCAAGAGAUUGAGCAUGUCUUCCUGGUGAACCUCUGGUACUCCUUCCAGGAUGAGGAGGACAUGUUCAUGGUGGUGGACUUGCUUCUGGGCGGGGACCUGCGGUACCACCUGCAGCAGAAUGUCCAGUUCUCUGAGGACACAGUGCGGCUGUACAUCUGCGAGAUGGCGCUGGCCCUUGACUACCUGCGCAGUCAGCACAUCAUCCACAGAGAUGUCAAGCCCGACAACAUUCUCCUGGAUGAGCAGGGACAUGCACACCUGACCGACUUCAACAUUGCCACCAUCAUAAAGGAUGGGGAGAGGGCUACAGCCUUAGCUGGCACCAAGCCAUACAUGGCUCCAGAGAUCUUCCACUCCUUCGUCAACGGUGGGACCGGCUACUCCUUCGAGGUGGACUGGUGGUCAGUGGGGGUGAUGGCUUAUGAGCUGCUGCGAGGAUGGAGACCCUAUGACAUCCACUCAAGCAAUGCCGUGGAGUCCUUGGUGCAGCUGUUCAGCACUGUGAGCGUCCAGUAUGUGCCCACUUGGUCCAAGGAGAUGGUGGCCCUGCUGCGGAAGCUACUCACCGUGAACCCGGAGCACCGGUUCUCCAGCCUCCAGGACAUGCAGGCGGCCCCAUCCCUGGCCAACGUGCUAUGGGAUGACCUGAGUGAGAAGAAGGUGGAGCCAGGCUUCGUGCCCAAUAAAGGCCGCCUGCACUGCGACCCCACCUUUGAGCUGGAGGAGAUGAUCCUGGAGUCCAGGCCCUUGCACAAGAAGAAAAAGCGGCUGGCCAAGAACAAAUCACGAGACAGCAGCAGGGACAGUUCCCAGUCGGAGAACGACUACCUUCAGGACUGUCUAGACGCCAUCCAGCAGGACUUCGUGAUUUUUAACAGAGAAAAGCUGAAGAGGAGCCAGGACCUCAUGAACGAGCCUCUCCCGGCCCCCGAGACCAUGGAUGUGGCAGAGCCCACGACGGACAGUGAGGUGGAGCCUUCGGCCCUGCCCAUGUGUGGCUCCAUCUGCCCCUCAGCUGGUAGCAGCUAG